CUACAAGGUCAAAGUUUGGCCGUACACACUGGCCUGGGGAGUUUGGCGUUCGGUGAUGGCGGCGGCAGCUCUCGUGCGAGUCAACGAUCGGCCACUGCAGUUGGUCUCACGUCUCUCAGCACGGGCGUGCGGGCUCGGCCACCACUUCGCGUGGCUACACCCAGUCAAGUUCAGCACUCGGUUCAAAUCACAUACCAACAAUUUCAAUUUCUGGGUUUCACAAUUCUUAGAUACUCAACUGGGAGGAAGGAAUCUGUAAAUAGGAGCUUUUACAGCAUACCUCUAACAGAUGGGUCAUCCGACCCGUCGAGGCAUGUGAGGACCUUUGAGAACAUGGCUGUGUUGUAUAGGUAUUCUGACUCUGUGUGUUGCAGGGCAUUACUAUCGACCUUGCGGGGAGGAGCACUUGACUGGUUUCACCAAUUACCCCCGGGGUUGAUCGCAGAUUUUGAGGAUUUUGUCAGCAAGCUUACCAAUCAAUAUUCAAGCGCGGUGGCGAAGGAAAAGACAUAUUUUACGCUGAUGGCGAUGAGGCAAGGAGAGAAGGAAUCGUUGAGGAAGUAUGUUGCUCGAUAUAACCAAACAUGUUUGGAGGUGCACUCCGCGUCGGAUGAGUUGAAAGCAGGAGUAUUGAUACGAAGUCUUCAAGCGGGGCCUUGUCGAACCUCCCUCGCAAAGACCCCUGCUCGAUCAUAUGAGGAUAAGCCGAGGAGAGAUGGCAAUAGGGAAGGGCACGGAAGAGAAGCUCCGAUGAAGAGAGGGACGAUUUACAUGAUUUCUAGAGGGCCAAUGGAUGGUGACUCGAAUAGGGCCAGGAAGGAGCAUGCUCGACCUGUGAAGAGGAAGAGAGAGGAGGUAGGGAUUACGGCUAGUAUGCCGGUGAUAAGUUUUAAGGCGGAGGAUGCUGAGGGAGUGGUCCUACCGCACAACGAUGCUUUUGUGAUAACCGCGGAGGUUGCAGGCUUUGACGUGAAGAGGGUGUUCAUUGAUACUGGAAGUUCGGUAGACAUGAUGUUCUAUGACUGUUUUGUGCAAAUUAAUAAGGAGUUGAAUAUGGAGCUGAAGCCGGUGACCACCGCCCUUUAUGGCUUCAAUGGAGGAGAGGUGGUGCUGAUGGGCGAGGUAAGUUUGCCAGUGGCGUUGGGAGCAGAAGAGCUGAGGAAGGUGCGCAUGGUGAGGUUUGUGGUCGUAGGAGCUCAAUCAUCUUAUAACAUCAUUACGUGGCGGACGAGCUUGAAUGCAUUCCAGGCGGUCGUAUCCACGUACCACAUGACGAUCAAGUAUCCUGUGGGUGAAAAC